AUGACACUGCUAUCAAACAGCGGCGGGUUUGGCGGGGUGAACCAGCUCGGCGGUGUCUUCAUUAACGGGCGUCCGUUACCGCACGUGGUGAGACAGCGCAUCGUGGAGCUCGCUCACCGGGGCGUGCGUCCCUGCGAGAUCUCCCGCCGUCUGCGCGUGAGUCACGGCUGUGUCAGCAAAAUACUGUCCAGGUAUAAUGAGACGGGAAGCAUCAGACCGGGAGUGAUUGGAGGCUCUAAGCCCAAAGUGGCCACUCCCAGAGUCGUGCAAAUGAUCCUGCAUCUGAAACACACCAACCCCACCAUGUUCGCUUGGGAGAUCCGAGACAGACUGCUGCUGGAGCGAGUGUGCGACCACGACAGCGUGCCCAGCAUCAGCUCAAUCAACAGGAUCAUCAGAAACAAAGUCCAGUCGGGGUCUUGUGACGUUGUGUCAUCAGCAUCACGUGUUGCCAUGGAAACAGCAUAUUCCUCCGAGUCCACCUACUCCAUCAGUGGAAUUCUGGGAAUCCGGAAAUGCAGCAGCACACGUAAGGAAGAAGGAGAAGUCUCCUGCAGUGACUACUACGACCAGCCAUGUUCCUGUAAUGACGCCUGGGGAUGGUCUGACCCCUGCCUGACCUCUUUUUCCAGCCUCACCUUUUACCCCGGCCUGCCAGCUAAUCAUGAUCAAGACCUCUUAGGGCCUCCGUGUCAUUACAGCUGAACUAGGCUGCAAAACACCUCAGAAGAAAGAACACCAUCCUCUCAGUGCCAAAAACAGGAUUUCAUAUUGACUGAAAUUGUGAUUAUUACAACAUGACAGUUACCAACAUG